CUAUGUCGUCUGGUAUCCUGUGAGCCAAGAUGUUGGUGUCCAGUCGCCAUGGAGACAACAUGGACAACAAUCUCCUGCCUUGGACGCACGUUUCUCUCCGCUUUGUAUUAACUUACUGACAAUCUGAAAUUGGACAUUUUAUCAAAUACGCAGAAUAAGAUGAUGAUGAUGUGAAGGAAAACUCCAGACUUUCCAAGAUGAGUAGAGAAACUGGAGAGUCUAGCAGUAUUCCACCGGAAUUAUCACAUUCAGCCCUGCAUCCCAUUCCCUCCACAUCAGGACUUACAAUUGAGAAUGUUGAGAGGCUGGAGAGACACUAUGAAGCAAGUGGACAGUAUAGUCCUGAGAAGGCAGUAGAGCAGUAUAUCAUGCAAAUGAAUUGGACUAAUGCUGAAGAACUAUUUGAAGUUAAUGAGUCCCAAAAGGCAAAUGCAAAGGAGGCCCAUGAGAGUGACAUUAUUCCUGAAUAUGGUGGCAGUGGCACAAGGGCAAAGCAUAGUUCACCAACAGGAAAAAAUAAGGAACAGAAAAGGGAAACUGCAGAAAAUGGGAAGCUAUUUGACAGUGAAUCACGAAGUGCACUUAAUGGUCUUUUCACCAGUCCUAGUUUGGAGUUUGAUGAUAGUGUUCGUCAAAAAAAGGUGAUGGAACAUGCAAACCUUUUACCAAAUGUUGGUCCUCCAGCUUUUCUUGCAUUCAAACAGGAAUCUAAAAAGCCACCUCCAGAUUUUGAUGUGAAUUAUUUCAAGCCUUCUGAAGAGAAUGAGGAAGAGUUUGAAGAACCUGAUGACACUGCCUGUGAGUUCUCCGAUCCCGACAUGAUACCAUUAGACAGAAAGGAGGAAAUGGUAUCACAUCCAUGUCCUGAAGAGCUCUUCAGUAGUGAAUCAUACCAAAGAUUGUGUGAGUAUGUUCUGGAGGAAGAAGAUGAAGUGUUAAUACCUGAAUCUGCACAGAGGACAUUUGAUGUUUCUCCUCAUGUAUCAUCUCAAGAACCCACCAACGAUAAAUCUUCCAUGGAAAGACCAAAUCAAAAGCUGAAUGUACCUAAAGAGAAGGUUCAAUUCAAGACCCCAGUGGGCACUAGAAAGGCACAAGAUAGCACUGCAUAUAAUGCAGCAGACAAAAAAGCAGAAGAGCAGGCAGACAACCAGGAUAAUGAAAAUAUGAUAAAGACCAUCUCUUACCAACUUUCAACUGCAACUUUAUCUAGACGAGAAGAUGUUGAUUUUCCGCCAUCAGCAUAUCAGAAUUUUGAUGACAUUUUUACAAUCUGCUCAGAAGAUUUGCAUAAAAAGAGAUAUCAUGAAGUUAUUAGGAAGUAUUAUCCAAAUGGAAAGACCUUCCUUACCAUUUUUAAAGAUGGCUCAGGCCAAGUUUUCUAUCCUACAGGGAGAAUUGCCAUCAUGAUUUCCUUUGUGCAUCCAGCUGACUUUACAUACCUCAUUCUGGAAGACAGUGGAAUAAGGCCACAAAUUCAAGCCAUCUUUACAUCCAAAGGCCGAUCAACAUGCUACUACCCCAAUGGGGCAAUCUGGGUGAAUCUGGAUGGCUUUGGUGGGUGUCAUUAUGAUGAAAAAGGAACACUGAAAAAGAGAUGGGCAUGGCAUUUCCACAACGGGCACAUUCAUGCUCCUCCAAUUCAACCAAUUUGCCUGGGCCUAAACUCACAAACUGGAAUUCGUAUCCUCUCUCAAGAGGAAGUCUACGUAACAUUCACCCAUAAAAGAAACCGUGUGAGGUUCAACAUGGGCUCCAAGUUAAGGCUAAAAGAGCCCAAGCAGGAGCGAGUAACUGGGUCUGAUGUCAUACGUAAGGUGUUACAGCAGAAAACUCUCAAGAUCCACACCCUCCUCGAUAAGAUCCAGACUGCUGUAAAAUGUUCUCAGUGCCUGCCCAAGCUGCACGCCUUACCUAGCAGUCUCUCAAAACUGGAAGAGCAGAAGUCGGAAGAAGAAAGCUCAAGGAAGUCAGAUGUUCAGUUGUCAUUUGACAAGGGUCUAAGGGCAAAAGAAAAGAAAAAGUGACUUCAUCUUCAAAGCAGUCUGUCAAAAAUAAUAAUAUGAAUGAACAGAAACAAACAGCAAGUUUGGGAAGUGGUUUCACUUCUCUAUUUAUUCAUCAUGAUUUCAAGUAGAUAAACUUUAACAUUUGUUCAACACAAACUCUUCUGCAAGUUUUCUUUCAGGUACCCACCCAUUUGUUUGUCAUUUUUAAUUGCAAUAUCACAAAUCAUUAGUGAUUUUAAAUUCUGCCAACAUGUUGCCAAAAAUCUAAUUUGUUGUG